AUGAAGUACACCACUGCUCUCGCCUCUCUCUUCGCUGCCGCCAUGGCAGCCCCUACUGCUGUUCAGCCUGUUGCUAGGCAAGCAGAAAACAGCCCUUACUUCAACGUCAUCUCUCAGCGCAGCGCCUCUCCCAUCCACUUCCAGAACUUGAAUGCUCGCGGCGGAUCCUUCUACCUUGGCGGAAAGGGACCUUCUUCCUACUGCCCCUCGGAGGUUAUCGGCAUUGAGAACUGCCCACCAGGCAACACGACGACAUUUGCUGGUGGCAACAACACUCUCAGCCUCGGCGUUGUUGUUCCCGGUGGUCAACAGGUCUACGUCGACCCUGACGGUGCCCUGAGCUACACCACCGCUCACUCUGCCUACAUCCCUCCUGGCUCGACCGUCACCGGCUUCAGCCGCACCCCAGCUCCCAACAGCGACCUGUUUGGCUACCUGAACUGGGACUGUGGCUUCCUUGCCUGCCCUGGCUCUGCCGACGAUGGAUGGAAGGUCUACGGCAAGCUCGACAACGUCACCUUCAGCGACGAGUGCCUCUCAUUCAGCGCCAUUGCCUCUCCCGUCGAUGCCCCUGGCGCCUGGCAAUACUAG